UCCACGCGGAAGAUGCAAAUCCCGAGUGCUGGGAACAGAAGGACGUUUCUCGCACCUUAAAACAAACUGCCAGUAAACAAUAAUUUGCAAGCUAUGCAUAGUAUCUAACCUAAAAAUGCAUACUUUAAAAAACUGGAGACAGAAGGUUGCAGAUUUUGUACCGGACGUAGAAUUGACAUGUGGGAUAGUUGUUUUGGUCGUUGUUUCAUGCGUUCUCAGCGUCGUAACGCAUCACUUUGAUGUCUCGGAGCAUUUUUUCAGUCUGGACUCUAAUGCCGUCAUUAAAGGCCAUGUCUACAAACUCAUCACCUAUUGCCUGUAUCACAAGAAUAUGACCAGUUUUUUUCUAAAUGCCAUAGUGAUGGUGUAUCCCUGUAUUGGACUGGAGAAAGGCAUUGGUACCAUCAGAUUCCUUUAUCAAUCACUGCUCCUGACAUCCAUCAGUGGACUGCUACAUGUGCUGCUAGACUCACUGCUCUCCUCCCCGUCCAAUAGGAGUUCAGUAAAUGGAUUCAUCCCAUUGGCUCUGUCUGUUUUGGGCUUGGUGACAAUCAAUUCUGCUAUGAGGAAGGCAUAUUUUAUGGGCAUUAAUGUGCCCUCUGCAUCUCUGCCCUGGAUUAUUUUAAUUAUUGUAACUGUCACCUUUCCAAAUACUGUCUUCCUUUGUAAUGUCCUGGCCAUCAUCACAGGAAUAAUAUAUGGAAUGGGAUGGUUUUCAUUUUUCCAGAUGUCAGAGUCCAGAGCUUCAGUCCUGGAGAAAAAGUUCCCCUUUCGGUUGCUUAAGCAUGUACCUGGUGUCCAGUUCAUCCCUGCGUCUGGUGAGGAGCGUAACAAACCUCUUGAUCUCACAGACAUUUCCCCAGGGUCUUAUCCUGUACAGGCCUACGCCCCUGUAAACGUAACCACUGGUCAAGCUACAGGGAGCCUGCCAAACUCACUGGAUGGUUGGCCGCACUCAACAUAUACACAACAAAACUAUACAUACUCCUCACCUUACACUGGAAGCUCUGGAGUCACCAUCGGUCACAGUCACGAACAUGGUCACAGUCACGAACAUGGUCACAGUCACGAACAUGGUCACAGUCACGAACAUGGUCACAGUCACGAACAUGGUCACAGUCAUGAACAUGGUCAUAGCCAGAGAAAUCAUCACGGACAUAGUCAUCAGUGCGAUGCUGCUCAUCACUAUGGCAACCCAUGGAUAUCUCCAUAUGCUCAGACUCAGAUCAGUCCUCCAUUUAAAGGGACAGGGCAACCUUUCAGUCAUCUACCUCAGCCAGGAGUUUCAACCAUACCCCAGAUAUCACACUUCGAGUCUUAUGUGCCUGCUGUUCCUUCAUCUCCUUCUGGGUCCUCUAUGUAGCCCUUAAACUAGGGAUAUAAUCUCUUUUAUGAUCAUCAGAUACCUCAUAUUUUGGUUCCAGAAAAACUAAUUAUGCCGAGUGUUAUAUUGAUCUGUUUGCAUGUAACUUUGAUAUGUUUUUGUUACUUUUAUUUUUUCCACUUUAUACAGUUGUCAUUUGAAUUGCUAUUCAUGUUUUUGUAUGUUAAUUUCUGGAAUGGAAUAAAAAUCGUCUUUAUUAUA